AUGCGUUUAUUAUAAAUUGAAUUAGGAUUACUUUUAAGAAAAACUACUGUUUAAUAAGCCAAUCCAUAUUUAAGAUAUAGAAUUGUUGCUGAUGAGUUAAAUGAUUAUUGUUAAACAGAGACAUUCAUGUCUUAUUCUUCAAAAUAUCUUAUUCUAUGUAAUUCAACUGAAACUAGAAAAGAUUAUAAAUUUACAGUGAAUGAAAAUCUUUAUUCCUAAAUAAUAGAACUUUUUAAUUACAUUAAAACUGUUCCUAAAAUCGCGAAUUAUGUAUCUAUCUCUCCCUUAAUUUCUAAAUUGCUGAAAUAAUCGUGA